UGACAAUUGUUCCAAAUGCACCUGGGCGAUGUGGGAACCAUGGGGACUUUGUAAUGGUUCCGAGAACGGAGAAGUAACGAGAAAACGAUCCCUCUGUUGUCGUGUGGGGCAGAAGGAAGACGAGUGUUACGCCCAGUGUAAUCGAGAGAGACACGAAACUGUAGACGUGAAACAAUGUGACCUAUUUGUAGUGAAAGAUUCAACACAAAUUCACUUCAUGUACACAAUCAUCGCCUCUGUCGCCUCCAUCGUGCUGACGUCGCUUGUCUGGACCGUCUGUCAUUGCAUAAAGUAUGGGCAGCGAAGAACACCCCCAAAUCAGGAACUGUCUGGCGUGGCCAACCAUGCUACUGAAAUGGACAACUAUACCAGAUUGUCUGCUGUGCGAAGAGACGUGGUUCACAACGACUACCAGAAGACAUCUGAGGAAGAUGAUGGAUGUGGGUCCGUGUAUGAAACACCAGAAACCCUUCAUAUGUAAUGCCGACCAGUGAUACUGUAUCGUGUUGAAUCAUAAUAGUGCGUAAGUUGGGUUUUACGCCAUGUUAGCGUUCUUGCAGACAUAUUACGGCGUUGGGAAGCAAGAAUGAGUUUCACAUAUACUAGUAGUACCCUCGUACGAAGUCUUCACAGUAAGGGCCCCCUUACAUUGUGUCAAUAUGUUUGCAAAUUUCUUAUCAAGAUGAUAUUACCAAAAUAUAACAGUUUUAGUGGUUACAUAUGAUUAUUAAUAUUGGAACUUUCCAAACAUAGAACAUUGUCGAAACCAACUUCUGGUGUCCUCCGCCGUGAUAUUGAUGGAAUAUUGCUAAAUGCGGCGUAAAACCAUACUCACUCACUCAAAAACAACUAUUAUUAACAGAUAGAGGUUAUCACUCGAGAGUGUUUUGCGAGUGUUUUGCGAUAGUCAAUGUGCUGUAUUGGGAAUAAACGUUGUAAUUUGGGAACUAAACAGACAGUCACCAAAGGGAAGCUACUCUAGUCUGGCUCGCGUUUUAACGUUUUGUAACAGGAUUAU